AUGCCCAUGUACAAGAACAUCAACGACAGGCUGGUCUCGCUCUCCCAGGGCAACCUCUUCUACUUCUACUUCUUGUGCGGAAGGAUGUCUAUAGUCACGUACAUCCUCAGCUACUCGUUCCCGUUCCUGAAUCAGGCGAUGGUCAUGGACAGAUCCGCCCGCGUGGUGACGGCCCAUAUCGCUUACAUCAAGCUACGCAGGUCCAUGAAUAGGGCCAGGCCCAUCAACGAGCUCGUGACCGCCUUCAAGAAGAUCAACAUGUCUGUAGACGUGGUGAAGAACAUGCGCGUGUACGACAUCGCCUACUUCAUCACGAAGGGGAAUCUAGACAUCCUGAUCAACGGAGACUCGGUCGAGUACAUCCACGUUAGCGAACUACAUGAUGUAUAUCUACAUCAUCAUGAACACUGA